UCCAAUGUUCCAUUCCUUUGUUCCUUUCCUUACAUAACCCAAAAGAGUAAGAUACCCUCUUUCCUUGAAAGCAACCCUUUUUUGACAACAUCACGAUGAAGAGAAGCAUAACAGAGCUCGAUCACAGCGUAACCAUGGCGAAUUGCUUGAUGCUGCUCUCUCGAGGCAACGACUACGACUCGUUGAUCUCUACCUCAACGUCUUCCUCAUCACCUAGCCGCGUCUUCGAGUGCAAGACUUGUAAUCGUCAGUUCCCUUCGUUCCAGGCCCUCGGAGGACACAGAGCCAGUCACAAGAAGCCGAGGCUAGCCGGAGGAGACAGCUCGAGUUCCGACAGCCAGUCGUCUUCCCCGAGCAAACCGAAGACUCACGAGUGCAACAUAUGCGGGUUGGAGUUUGCUAUAGGUCAGGCCUUGGGGGGUCACAUGAGGAGGCACAGGGCAGCAGUGGCCGAUAAUCACAAUGACCACCGGAAUAAUAACGGAGUACAAUUGAAUUCUAUGAUGGGUUUGAAUUCUAAUCCGGGACAAGGAGUUGUUCCGGUUUUGAAGAAGACGGAUAUCAGUAGGAGAAUUUUGUGUUUGGAUCUCAACUUGACGCCCUUCGAGAAUGACAUGAAAAUUCUUGGAAUAGGGAAAACAACUCCUCCUCUUGUUGAGUUUAUUUUCUAGAUAGUUUAUAGAAUUUGGAUUCAUUGUGUACUGUAAAUCAUCACAUAGAGUUGCUCAGCGAUACAGUAUAUGCUAUACGGUCCAUUGUAUUUGUUCAUUAUAAUUUUACAUAAAAUAAGAGAGAUUAUUUCAUGCAUG